CCUGGUUAUUGGCACUUUAACGAAUCCCGGCCACUGCCUCGGUGUCUGUGCGCGUUGACAGACCGAUGAGACUGUUUUAAAUAGACUGUCGCUUCGUUUUCAGCGUCUUUGUCACAUCGCCCGUGGUAAUUAGCUACUGAAGUGGACUAUUCUGACUCAAGGAAUGCUAGAUUAAGUGCUGUUGCAAAUGCACUUCUUGUGAACUUCUCGUCCUCGGCCAAUCUGUCUUCUCGGUUUGUAACCAUGGCUGAGAAACGACGGUCCCCGUGUACUAUGAGCCUCAAAGCGCACGCAUUCUCGGUAGAAGCGCUUAUUGGCACGGAGAAAAAAAGAAAGCUGGAGGAGGACAACGAAAACUGUUUUGAGGAGGUAAACGAGGUGUCGAGCCUGACAGAAAGUCCGCAACCCCAGACUAGGAGAACUUGUCCCAGCACCAGGAGUUGCGAUAUAGACUGCGCAAGCGACGAAUCCCCGGAGUCUGAGGACGUGUUGUUGGAUAGCCCACAACCUGCACCCCAGGGCGCGCAGCUCCUCGCGCAAUCAGGCACGAGCUCCGGAGAGGAGAUGCGCGUGGAUUUGCAGGGCUCAGACUUAUGGAAGCGCUUCCACGAGAUAGGAACCGAAAUGAUCAUCACCAAAGCCGGCAGGCGAAUGUUUCCCGCGAUGAGGGUUAAGAUUGCGGGACUGGAUCCUCAUCAACAGUAUUAUAUUGCUAUGGAUAUUGUUCCUGUCGACAACAAACGGUACAGGUACGUCUACCACAGCUCGAAGUGGAUGGUAGCGGGCAACGCCGACUCUCCUGUCCCUCCGCGCGUCUACAUCCAUCCUGAUUCGCCUGCUUCCGGUGAGACGUGGAUGCGGCAGGUUAUAAGCUUCGACAAACUCAAACUGACCAAUAACGAGCUCGACGACCAAGGCCAUAUCAUUCUGCACUCCAUGCACAAGUACCAGCCCCGUGUCCACGUCAUCCGUAAGGAGUGCGGUGAAGAACUCUCGCCCGUUAAGGCGGUUCCCACUGGGGACGGUGUCAAAGCAUUCUCUUUUCCCGAAACUGUCUUCACAACGGUGACUGCAUACCAAAACCAACAGAUAACAAGACUGAAGAUUGACAGGAAUCCAUUUGCAAAAGGAUUCAGAGACUCAGGAAGAAAUAGGAUGGGACUAGAGGCUCUGGUUGAGUCGUAUGCGUUCUGGCGGCCCUCACUGAGAACUCUGACAUUUGAGGACAUCCCUGGAAUCACUAAACAAGAUAACCGAAAGUCUCACAGGUUUGGAGCAACAUGA